GAGGCUCCAGCUGCGGGGCUCCAGUCCCGCACGCAGGGGCGGCCAUGUUUUUGUGUGGGGGGUUGAUGGAAGUUUAGGGAAGUCGGGGGCUCCGUCUCUCCGGGACACUCCGGGAUCUCACUUUCCCCUCCUUUUUGUUUCUUAUCAGCGGCAUGACGGAUUAUUUCAUGACCACCAUGACCGCGUGCGCUCCAUCAGCGACGCUCGAGCGGCUUUGACGGAACCAGAACCAGAACCGCUGGAUGGAGGAAGUCAGGAUGAAGGAGGCGGCUCGGUCCCGGCUGCAAUAACUCGAAUUUACUUUGUCCCGACCUGGUUUGGGGAGAAUUGAAGAAAGACCUGAGAGGAGCGCGGAUUUGAGAAGGCAGGGCGAGACAAUGGGCUGCGUUAAAAGCAAAGAAGAUAAAGGCCCCACGAUGAAGUAUCAGACAGAGAACUCUCAAGAGUCGGACGCCAAUGUCGCCGCCACCACGCCUCACGCCGGUCACUACGGGCCAGAUCCGACACAGCCGCAGCUGAAUCAAGCUCCCUCAUCUUCAGCUGUAAACUUCAACCACACCCUCACUCCAUUUGGAGGCUCCUCCUCUGCCAUUACGCCUUUUGGAGGAACGUCAACCUCGUUCUCCGGGCCUAUGUCCAACUCUUUCUCUGGUGCCAUCUCAAGCGGCGUCACUUUCUUUGUCGCCUUGUAUGAUUACGAAGCAAGAACGUCGGAUGAUCUUACGUUUAAAAAGGGAGAUCGCUUUCAGAUCAUCAACAAUACGGAAGGAGACUGGUGGGAGGCUCGCUCCAUCAACACUGGGAAGAACGGCUACAUCCCCAGCAAUUAUGUGGCUCCUGCUGAUUCUAUUCAGGCUGAAGAGUGGUACUUUGGCAAAAUGGGGCGCAAAGAUGCUGAGAGGUUGCUGCUCGUUCCUGGCAAUAAGCGAGGAACUUUCCUGGUGCGAGAAAGUGAAACAACUAAAGGGGCUUAUUCUCUUUCUAUUCGAGACUGGGAGGAAGUCAAAGGAGACAACGUGAAACACUACAAGAUCCGCAAGCUUGAUAAUAGUGGAUACUACAUCACCACACGAGCCCAGUUUGACACGUUGCAGAAACUCGUCAAACACUACACAGAGCAUGCAGACGGUCUCUGCCACAAGCUCACCGCAGUUUGCCUCACAGUCAAGCCUCAGACUCAGGGACUGGCUAAAGACGCCUGGGAGAUUCCAAGGGAGUCGCUGCAUCUGGAGGUCAAACUGGGUCAGGGCUGCUUUGGAGAGGUCUGGAUGGGCUCUUGGAACGACACCACUAAGGUGGCCAUAAAGACGCUGAAGCCGGGCACCAUGUCGCCUGAGGCUUUCCUCCAGGAGGCCCAGAUCAUGAAGAAACUCAGGCAUGACAAACUAGUGCCUCUUUACGCAGUUGUAUCUGAGGAACCCAUCUACAUUGUCACAGAAUACAUGUCUAAAGGAAGUUUGCUUGAUUUUGUCAAAGAAGGUGAUGGUAAAUUCCUGAAGCUCGUCACAUUGGUGGACAUGGCUGCCAAGAUCGCCAACGGGAUGGCUUUCAUCGAGAGGAUGAACUACAUUCACAGGGAUCUGCGAGCAGCGAAUAUACUCGUGGGCGAGAACCUGGUCUGCAAGAUCGCCGACUUCGGUUUGGCCAGGCUGAUAGAAGACAACGAGUACACAGCGAGACAAGGAGCUAAAUUUCCCAUCAAAUGGACGGCGCCGGAGGCAGCACUGUAUGGACGCUUCACCAUCAAAUCAGACGUCUGGUCUUUUGGGAUCCUCCUCAUUGAGCUUGUUACUAAAGGCAGGGUACCUUACCCAGGUAUGGUGAACCGGGAGGUGCUGGAGCAGGUGGAGAGAGGAUACCGGAUGCCUUGCCCUCAGGGAUGCCCCGAGUCUCUACACGAGAUGAUGAAGCUCUGUUGGAAGAAGGAGCCAGACGAGAGGCCCACCUUCGAGUACCUGCAGUCUUUCCUGGAGGACUAUUUCACCUCCACAGAGCCCCAGUACCAACCUGGAGAAAACCUAUAG